AGCAAGAAAAAAAAAUAUCCACUACAAACUCUUGCUAACAUGUGCUGUUGUCCACAGGGUUCCUCUCCUGGGAUGAGGAGAAGGCGCACGUGGACAUACACAAGGAGCUCACCACCAUCGCCGAGCUGAACUUGGAAGGCGAGGAACAGAAAGGAGGCGAGAGACUCAUCCAGUAUGCUACCGAGAAUCUGGUUGCAGAGGUGUUGAUCCACCCCCAGGUCAACACUCUGCAACAGUGCCUCAAGAACUUGCUCUCGUCCUUCACCAAACACAGACACAUCAUCCACGCCGGAUACGCCUUCGCUGGGACCGGCUCAUGGAUGCUCCAGGAUGGAACCUUCUCUGUGUCGGACCUGGUGGCCGCCUUCACAGAGUACGAGGUCCAGCGCGUCCUUCACGCCUACGAGAACUGCAUUACUAUCGACAUCCACUGUGCCCCCGAAGGCCACUGGUCCACACACCACAUGGCCAGGGAGUCCUUCAGCAAACUGUGCCGAGUGACAGUAAACCCGGACGACAAGAUUGAGAUCACCCCCGGAAUCUCAACUUUCGUGCGGUAUCUGUCUCAGUUCCUCAGCAGCACACCCAUCGAGGAGCUGCUUGAGCCUUCAGACAUCGUGGGCAACAUCCGGUUCUCCAGACCCACCCUCUAUGUGUUCCCCGGCGGUCAAGGGGACUCAGCUCUCUUCGGCGUCAACGGAUUCAACAUGCUCGUUGAUGGAGGGUACAACUACAAAGCAUGCUUUUGGGAUUUCACAAGGCAUUUAGACCGACUCGACGCUGUCCUCAUUACUAGACUAAACAGUUCAAAUCUUAUGGGAAUCACUAACGUGGUCCGUAGGAAAGCACUAAGUUCUGUUUACCCACAAAUUGGUCACACCUUCUGCAACGUGGCAGGAACACUGAAGUCUCCUGACGGUGAUAAAGACAAAGACCCACUUCUCAUUAACCUCUGGGACGAGGGUCACCUUAUGAGGGAAAACCUGCGACACAUCGGCCUGAAGCCUCACCUGUGCUUCCGCGACAACGCCAUGGAGCCAAUCAACUUAUACCACAAGGUCGGCCACGGCAAACUAGACAUGUACGUGAUCAACCCAUCCCGAGACAGCAAGGAGGUGCGAGAGUUCAUGCAGCGAUGGAACAAUGAGAUCAUCGCCUCCGACGUUAGCCACACCACUCACAAGGUUGGGGACCGCUCAUUCCCCUGCCCACUCACGAAUCUGACCUCCAUUUGCGCCUUAUUAAUAUGGCAGCCAAACGACCCCUGCGACACAAUUACUCGCAUUCUCUUCCCCGGCAGCACCCCGCAGCACAAGAUCUUCGAGGGUCUUGAGCGGUUACGCAAUCUAGAAUACCUUAAAUACCCAACGUGCUCCGCGAAGUCCAUAAAAUCAGCAGCAGAGGAGAAGAAGAGCCUCAAGACUGUAGAAAAGGUCCUCGGAGAGCCUGCACGACAGCCCAAGCGCCUGAGUCCCUCUCCACCAACACACCGCAUCAAGAGGGAGAGACACGAGCGGUCCAUUAGCCGCGAGGAGAGAAGAAGAAUCAGGGUGGAGCGCUCCGAACAGAAGAUCAUCCAAGAGACAAAGAAGGAGAAAAAGAUUGAACGCAAAGUGGAAAAGAAAGCAAUUAAACGGGAGAAGGAAAAGAAGGAGAAAGAAAAGGAGAAGGAGGAGAAGAUAGAAGACAAGAAGGAGGAGAAGGUAACCACUGAACUUGAAGAAACCAAGGAUAAAGUCAAUGGACUUGAUGUCACUAUUGAGCAAAUAGAAGCCAAAGUGGAGGCCGAAGUUAUUCCAGAACCUCCGAUCACCAAACCCGAAGAAAAGAAAGAGGAUGAUAUCUCGAAGGAUGUCACCGACGCGAAGGUAACCGAAGAAAUCGUCAGUCAACCGGAUGUUGCCGUUGAAGUCACAGAGGUCAGUCGCGUCGCCGUGGAGGCUACACAACUCAUCCAAGAGGAAUCUAAAACAAGAAUAGAAACAGUAGAAGUAACAGAAUCCAGAGAAGUACAAGAGGUUGAGUCCAUCGAGGUUAAAGACGCUUCUCUAGUUUCCGUGGAAUCCGGAGUCGUCAUGGGUGAAGAAAGAGAAUCUUCUCUGGAGAUUGAACAGCCCAAAGAACCCAAAGAGAAAGAGGAGAAAGAGGUGGGGAAGAAGAAGCCAAAAGAGAAGAAACCAAAAGAAACCUCGACCCCAGAAAGACCUCGAAAGUACAGAAAACCACAAGUUGAGUCUCGUAUUGACACCGGCGACAGGAGGGUGAGGAUGGAGGAGAGGACGCUAAAAACCGAGAGGAAAAUCAAAGAAAGAAAGAGCCUUGAAAGAAAAGAAAGAAGAGAACGAAAACCAGAAGUAGAGGAGAAGAAGGAAGGCGAACCCUUAGAUAAAAAGGCAGAACCCAAAGUGAGAAAAGUGAAAAAGAUAAAGAAGGUUGAGGCCAAGCCUGAAGCCAAACUAGAAGCCAAACCCGAAGAGACUCCUUCGCCUAAAAAGACGCCAGAGAAGAAGAGACGAGUGAAAAAGAUCGCACCGCCAGAGAAGAAGGACGAGAAGGUCAAUGGUGAAGUGAGACCACCAAAACCACCCGUUCCUAAGGCACCAAGGAGAACCAAGGUCACCACUACCACAACCACCACGAGGGAGAUCACACACAAAAAAAUAGUCGACGACAAAAACAGGGCGGCUAAGGCGGCUGAGGCUGCGAAAAAGGAACCCAAGCCCAAACCCUCUCCUCCAAGGGCCAAGCCUCCCGCAGCAGCAAGACCAAUCAGGGCAAAGAAGAUCGAAAAACCACCAAUUCCCAAACCUGCCGAACCCAUGAAGAAGAUUAUCACUGGUGCUGCCGUGAAGGCCGGGGUACUGGCCGCCGCUGUCUCCGGUGUAGCUGUCGUGGAAGCUGCAGCUGACCGAGAAGAUGUCGAGGAAAUCGUGGCGCCCAUGAAGGAGGCAGAAGAUCUUAUGUUGGUGGCGGAGCAAGAAGAGGAGGACCGCAUCUCCGACAUCGCCAACAUCCCAGGCGUGCAAGAGAUCAAGCUGGACGAAGACACGCUCCAGAUCAUUGACAAACAGGUGGAGGAGGAAGAGAAGGACUCGCUCAUCUUACACGAGGAAGGCGUGGUGGAGCAUGUGGAGAAGGAGGACGUGAUUGAGGAAGUCGAGGAACACCUAGAAGAGGCCGAGAAGGAGAGUGAAGAAGAGGAAGAGGAGGAGGAGGAGGAAGAAGAAGAGGUAGAAGUAGAAGAAGCAGCAGUUGAAAAGAAAGUAGAAAUCGAGAAAGAAGAGAAGAAAGAAAAGGUAGAAAAGGAAGAGGAGGAAGAAGAGGAGGAGGAGGAGGAAGAGGAAGAAGAGGAGGAGGAGGAGGAAGAAGAGGAGGAAGAAGAGGUAGAAGAAAAAGUAAGCAUUGAGGAAAAAGAAGAUGAAUCCGAAAAGAAGAAGAUCGAGGAGCGCAAGGUGUCUCCAGCUGCCCCAGAGAAGGAGGCUGAUGUCGCUAAGGUAGACGAGAAGCCAGAACCUGAGGAUAUUUACGAGAAAAUCGAAACUGAGGACCGGGAUGUGUACGCUACGCUGCCCAGCUCGGCCAAACUCACCGAAUACAAAGAAAAAUACGAAGAGAAACCGAUUCGUGGUCUCUUCACUGGAUUUGCCAUUCUAGCGGGUGAAAAACCUGAAGAACCUGCUGCUUACAAAGAACCAAGUCCGCCAAGAUUGAAAGAAGUUCCACAAGUCCCCACAUCUUUGCCUGCACCCAUUUUCAAACCCUCGGCUCCACCCGUCCACCCGCGGGAGAUCAUCAAGACUCCUGACGAAGUUGACGACCUUCCCAUCCACGAGGAGGUGGAGUCCAUAGAAAGAGACAUAUACGAAAAGGAGAUCGAAGUGAUGGAGGGCAAGAUGCCGGACGAGGAACUCGACGUACGCUCACCCUUACUCGAGGUUAGGGGCGAACUCCAAAUCAGGGAGGAGGUAGCCAUGGAGAAACACGAAAAAGAGACGGUGAAGGAGGUCGUCACCAAGGAAGUAAAGGUGACAGAAAUGAAGGAGGAGGAGGAAAAGAAGGAAGUACUCAAACUCAAAGUAGAAGAGGAAGAAGAAGAGGAGGAGGAGGAGGAGGAGGAAAUAGAGGAAGAAAUCGAGGAGGAGGAGGAGGAGGAGGAAGAAGAAAUUUCCAAAGAAGAAAAACCCUCAAAGUCCCUAGACGAGUUCGAAGCCAAGUACGCUGAAUUCAAGACCACCGCCGUCACCGAAGUCCUCGAGAAGGGCGAGAAGGUCACAGAGGUCACCGAGGUCAUCACAAAGAAGGUGGACAAGGCGGAGAUUCUCAAGGACAUCGGCGAAACACUAAAGGAAAAGGAGGCUCGUAAACUGAAGGAGGCGCCCACCCCCGUAACAAAGAAGGAGGAGGUGAAGGAGGAGGAGGAGGCGGUGGUGAAGGAAACGCCAAUCCUAAGAGACGAAAGGCCCAUCAGGGUUCUCGCCGCAUAUGAAGACCUCAAAGUCGACGAAAAAGUCCCCGAGAAAGAAAAACGCUACAUGGAGGAGAAGGAGGUGGACGAAUAUGAAGGCAAAGAGAAGGUGGAAGUUAAGGAGAAGGAGAUAACCGAGAUGAUGGAGAAAGACCAAGCCUACAAAGAGAUUACCGAAAAGGAGAUGAAGGAGGAGGUGGUAACGAAAGAAGAAGAGGUUGAGGAGAAAGUCGUAACAGAAGUGAAGGUGGAGAAGGAAGUAAAAGAAGUAGAGGAGAUUAAAGAAAUAAAGGAAGAAAAGGUGGUGGAAGAAGUGAAGGUCGAAGAGAAGAAGGAAAUAAAGGAAGAAGUAACGGAGGUAGUAGAAAAGGAAGAGAAGGUAGAAAUUGAAAAAGAAAUACCCAAGGAAAAGGAGUUCAAAGAAGAAGUAAAGGAGGAAUUAAAGAAAGAGGUGAAGGAGGAGAUAACAGAAGUCGAAAUAAGAGAAGACAUAACCGUGACAAAAGAGGAGAAGGAGAUAAAAGAAGUCAAGGAAGAAAAGGAAGAAAUAACAAAAGUAGUAACCGAAGAGGAGGAGAAGGUCGAAGUAAAGGAAGAGAAGAAAGUCGUAACAGAAGAAAAAGCAGAGAAGGAAGAAAUAAAAGAAAUCAAGGAGGAAAAGGAGAUCAAAAAGGAAGAAGAAAAGGAAGAACCAAAGAAGGAAGAAGACAAAGCAGUAGUAGAAGAAGAGACCAAAGAGGAAGUGAAGGAAGAGAAAGUAGAAGUGAAGGAGGAGAUAAAGAAGGAAGAAAUCAAGGAAGUGGAAGAGAUCGUAGAGGUGAUUGAGAAGGAGGAAAUUGAGGAGGUCAAAGAAAUUAAGAAAGAGGAAGUGGAGGAGAAGGAAGAAAUAAAGGAGAAGGUGGAGAUUAAAGAAGUGAAGGAGGUUACAGAGAAGGUGGAAGUGAAGGAGGAGGAAAAAGAAGAAGUAGUAAAAGAAAUAAAGGAAGAAGUAAAGAAAGAAGAAGUAAAGGAAGAAGUAAAGGAAGAGAAGGUGGUGAAAGAAGAAAUAAAGGAAGAAGUAAAGGAAGAAAUAAAGGAAGAGGUAAAGGAAGAAGUAAAGGAAGAAAUAAAAGAAGUAAAGGAAGAAGUAAAGGAAGAAGAAGUAAAGGAGAUCAAGGAGGAAAUAAAGGAAGUAGAAAAAGAAGUAAAGGAAGAAAUCAUUGAAGUAAAAGAGAAGAAAGAAGUAAAAGAAGAACUGAAGGAGGAAGUAAAAGAAGAAAUAAAGGAGGAAGUAAAGGAGGUGAAAGAACUCAAAGAAGAAAAGGAAGAACCAAAGAAGGAGGAAGUAAAGGAAGAACCAAAGAAGGAGGAAGUAAAGGAGGAACCAAAGAAGGAGGAAGUAAAGGAAGAAGUAAAGGAGGAGGAAUUAAUCGAAGAGAAGGAGGUGAAAGAACUGAAAGAAGAAAAGGAGGAAGUAAAGGAAGAAGUAAAGAAGGAGGAAGUAAAGGAAGUCAAGGAGGAAGUAAAGGAAGAAAUCAUUGAAGUAAAGGAGAAGAAAGAGGUAAAAGAAGAGCUGAAGGAGGAAGUAAAAGAAGAAAUAAAGGAGGAAGUAAAGGAGAAGGAGGUCAAAGAACUGAAAGAAGAAAAGGAAGAACCAAAGAAGGAGGAAGUAAAGGAAGAACCAAAGAAGGAGGAAGUAAAGGAAGAACCAAAGAAGGAGGAAGUAAAGGAGGAAGUAAAAGAAGAUAUAACAAAACUUGAAAUAACGAAAGUAACAGAAGUAGUAACGGAGAUCAAGAAGGAGGAAAAGGAAGAAGUAAAGGAAGAACCAAAGAAGGAGGAAGUAAAGGAAGAACCAAAGAAGGAGGAAGUAAAGGAAGAAGUAAAGGAGGAAAUAAAGGAAGAUAUAACGAAAGUAGAUAUAACAAAAGUAACAGAAGUCGUAACGGAGAUCAAGAAGGAGGAAAAGGAAGAAGUAAAGGAAGAACCAAAGAAGGAGGAAGUAAAGGAAGAAGUAAAGAAGGAGGAAGUAAAGGAAGAAGUAAAGGAGGAAAUAAAAGAAGAUAUAACAAAACUUGAAAUUACGAAAGUAACAGAAGUAGUAACGGAGAUCAAGAAGGAGGAAAAGGAAGAAGUAAAGGAAGAACCAAAGAAGGAGGAAGUAAAGGAAGAAGUAAAGGAGGAAAUAAAGGAAGAUAUAACGAAAGUAGAUAUAACAAAAGUAACAGAAGUAGUGACGGAGAUCAAGAAGGAGGAAAAGGAAGAAGUAAAAGAAGAACCAAAGAAGGAGGAAGUAAAGGAAGAAGUAAAGAAGGAGGAAGUAAAGGAAGAAGUAAAGGAGGAAAUAAAGGAAGAUAUAACGAAAGUAGAAAUAACGAGAGUAACAGAAGUAGUAACGGAGAUCAAGAAGGAGGAAAAGGAAGAAGUAAAGGAAGAGAAGGAGGAAGUAAAGGAAGAACCAAAGAAGGAGGAAGUAAAGGAAGAAGUAAAGAAGGAGGAAGUAAAAGAAGUCAAGGAGGAAGUAAAGGAAGAAAUCAUUGAAGUAAAGGAGAAGAAAGAGGUAAAAGAAGAGCUGAAGGAGGAAGUAAAAGAAGAAAUAAAGGAGGAAGUAAAGGAGGAGAAGGUGGUCAAAGAACUGAAAGAAGAAAAGGAAGAACCAAAGAAGGAGGAAGUAAAGGAGGAACCAAAGAAGGAGGAAGUAAAGGAAGAACCAAAGAAGGAGGAAGUGAAGGAGGAAGUAAAAGAAGAUAUAACAAAACUUGAAAUAACGAAAGUAACAGAAGUAGUAACGGAGAUCAAGAAGGAGGAAAAGGAAGAAGUAAAGGAAGAACCAAAGAAGGAGGAAGUGAAGGAGGAAGUAAAAGAAGAUAUAACAAAACUUGAAAUAACGAAAGUAACAGAAGUAGUAACGGAGAUCAAGAAGGAGGAAAAGGAAGAAGUAAAGGAAGAGAAGGAGGAAGUAAAGGAAGAAGUAAAGGAAGAACCAAAGAAGGAGGAAGUAAAGGAAGAAGUAAAGAAGGAAGAAAUAAAGGAAGUUAAGGAAGAAGUAAAGGAAGUAAAGGAGGAAGUAAAGGAAGAAAUAACAGAAGUAAAGGAAGAAGUAAAGAAGGAAGAAUUAAAGGAAGUAAAGGAAGAGAAGGAGGUGAAGGAAGAAAUAACAGAAGUAAAGGAAGAAGUAAAGAAGGAAGAAUUAAAGGAAGUGAAGGAAGAGAAGGAGGUGAAGGAAGAAAUAACAGAAGUAAAGGAAGAAGUAAAGAAGGAAGAAUUAAAGGAAGAAUUAAAGGAAGAGAAGGAGGUGAAGGAAGAAAUAAAGGAAGUAAAGGAAGAAGUAAAGAAGGAGGAAGUAGAGGAGAUCAAGAAGGAGGAAAAGGAGGAAAUAAAGGAAGUAGAAAAAGAAGUAAAGGAAGAAAUCACUGAAGUAAAGGAGAAGAAAGAAGAACUGAAGGAGGAAGUAAAAGAAGAAAUAAAGGAGGAAGUAAAGGAGGUGAAAGAACUGAAAGAAGAAAAGGAAGAACCAAAGAAGGAGGAAGUAAAGGAAGAACCAAAGAAGGAGGAAGUAAAGGAAGAAGUAAAGAAGGAAGAAAUAAAGGAAGUUAAGGAAGAAGUGAAGGAAGUAAAGGAGGAAGUGGAAAAGGAAGAAAUAAAGGAAGAAGUGAAGAAGGAGGAACCAAAGAAGGAGGAAGUGAAGGAGGAAAUAAAGGAGGAGGAAGUAAAGGAAGAAAUAAAGGAAGAUAUAACGAAAGUAGAAAUAACGAAAGUAACAGAAGUAGUAACGGAGAUCAAGAAGGAGGAAAAGGAAGAAAUAAAGGAAGAACCAAAGAAGGAGGAAGUAAAGGAAGAAGUAAAGAAGGAGGAAGUAAAGGAAGAAGUAAAGGAAGUUAAGGAAGAAGUAAAGGAAGAACCAAAGAAGGAGGAAGUAAAGGAAGAAGUAAAGAAGGAGGAAGUAAAGGAAGAAGUAAAGGAAGUUAAGGAAGAAGUAAAGGAAGAACCAAAGAAGGAGGAAGUAAAGGAAGAAGUAAAGAAGGAGGAAGUAAAGGAAGAAGUAAAGGAAGUUAAGGAAGAAGUAAAGGAAGAACCAAAGAAGGAGGAAAUAAAGGAAGAAGUAAAGAAGGAGGAAGUAAAGGAAGAAGUAAAGGAGGAAAUAAAGGAAGAUAUAACGAAAGUAGAAAUAACGAAAGUAACAGAAGUAGUAACGGAGAUCAAGAAGGAGGAAAAGGAAGAAGUAAAGGAAGAACCAAAGAAGGAGGAAGUAAAGGAAGAAGUAAAGAAGGAGGAAGAAAAGGAAGAAGUAAAGGAAGAACCAAAGAAGGAGGAAGUAAAGGAAGAAGUAAAGAAGGAGGAAGUAAAGGAAGAAGUAAAGGAAGUUAUAGAAGAAGUAAAGGAAGAACCAAAGAAGGAGGAAGUAAAGGAAGAAGUAAAGGAAGAACCAAAGAAGGAGGAAAAGGAGGAAGUAAAGAAGGAAGAAGUAAAGGAAGUUAAGGAAGAAGUAAAGGAAGAACCAAAGAAGGAGGAAGUAAAGGAAGAAGAAAAGAAGGAGGAAGUAAAGGAAGAAGUAAAGGAGGAAAUAAAGGAAGAUAUAACAAAAGUAGAAAUAACGAAAGUAACAGAAGUAGUAACGGAGAUCAAGAAGGAGGAAAAGGAAGAAGUAAAGGAAGAACCAAAGAAGGAGGAAGUAAAGGAAGAACCAAAGAAGGAGGAAGUAAAGGAAGAAGUAAAGGAAGAACCAAAGAAGGAGGAAGUAAAGGAAGAAGUAAAAGAAGUACCAAAGAAGGAGGAAGUAAAGGAAGAAGUAAAGGAAGAGGAAGUAAAGGAAGAAGUAAAGGAAGUUAAGGAAGAACCAAAGAAAGAGGAAAUAAAGGAAGAAGUAAAGAAGGAGGAAGUAAAGGAAGAAGUAAAGGAAGUUAAGGAAGAAGUAAAGGAAGAACCAAAGAAGGAGGAAGUAAAGGAAGAACCAAAGAAGGAGGAAGUAAAGGAAGAAGUAAAGAAGGAGGAAAAGGAAGAAGUAAAGGAAGAACCAAAGAAGGAAGAAGUAAAGGAAGAACCAAAGAAGGAGGAAGUAAAGGAAGAACCAAAGAAGGAGGAAGUAAAGGAAGAAGUAAAGGAAGUUAAGGAAGAAGUAAAGGAAGAACCAAAGAAGGAGGAAUUAAAGGAAGAAGUAAAGAAGGAGGAAGUAAAGGAAGAAGUAAAGGAAGUUAAGGAAGAAGUAAAGAAGGAAGAAAUAAAGGAAGUUAAGGAAGUAAAGGAAGAACCAAAGAAGGAGGAAGUGAAGGAGGAAAUAAAGGAGGAAAUAAAGGAAGAUAUAACGAAAGUAGAAAUAACGAAAGUAACAGAAGUAGUAACGGAGAUCAAGAAGGAGGAAAAGGAAGAAGUAAAGGAAGAACCAAAGAAGGAGGAAGUAAAGGAAGAAGUAAAGGAGGAAAUAAAGGAAGAUAUAACAAAACUUGAAAUAACGAAAGUAACAGAAGUAGUAACGGAGAUCAAGAAGGAGGAAAAGGAAGAAGUAAAGGAAGAACCAAAGAAGGAGGAAGUAAAGGAAGAAGUAAAGGAGGAAGUAAAGGAAGAAGUAAAGGAAGUUAAGGAAGAAGUAAAGGAAGAACCAAAGAAGGAGGAAGUAAAGGAAGAAGUAAAGGAAGUUAAGGAAGAAGUAAAGGAAGAACCAAAGAAGGAGGAAUUAAAGGAAGAAGUAAAGAAGGAGGAAGUAAAGGAAGAAGUAAAGGAAGUUAAGGAAGAAGUAAAGAAGGAAGAAAUAAAGGAAGUUAAGGAAGUAAAGGAAGAACCAAAGAAGGAGGAAGUGAAGGAGGAAAUAAAGGAGGAGGAAGUAAAGGAGGAAAUAAAGGAAGAUAUAACGAAAGUAGAAAUAACGAAAGUAACAGAAGUAGUAACGGAGAUCAAGAAGGAGGAAAAGGAAGAAGUAAAGGAAGAACCAAAGAAGGAGGAAGUAAAGGAAGAAGUAAAGAAGGAGGAAGUAAAGGAAGAAGUAAAGGAAGUUAAGGAAGAAGUAAAGGAAGAACCAAAGAAGGAGGAAGUAAAGGAAGAAGUAAAGAAGGAGGAAGUAAAGGAAGAAGUAAAGGAGGAAAUAAAGGAAGAUAUAACGAAAGUAGAAAUAACGAAAGUAACAGAAGUAGUAACGGAGAUUAAGAAGGAAGAAAAGGAAGAAGUAAAGGAAGAACCAAAGAAGGAGGAAGUAAAGGAAGAAGUAAAGAAGGAGGAAGUAAAGGAAGAAGUAAAGGAAGUUAAGGAAGAAGUAAAGAAGGAAGAAAUAAAGGAAGUGAAAGAAGAAGUAAAGGAAGAACCAAAGAAGGAGGAAGUGAAGGAGGAAAUAAAGGAGGAGGAAGUAAAGGAAGAAGUAAAGGAGGAAAUAAAGGAAGAUAUAACGAAAGUAGAAAUAACGAAAGUAACAGAAGUAGUAACGGAGAUCAAGAAGGAGGAAAAGGAAGAAGUAAAGGAAGAGAAAGUAAAGGAAGAAGUAAAGGAGGAAAUAAAGGAAGAUAUAACGAAAGUAACAGAAGUAGUAACGGAGAUCAAGAAGGAGGCAAAGGAAGAAGUAAAAGAAGAACCAAAGAAGGAGGAAGUAAAGGAAGAAGUAAAGAAGGAGGAAGUAAAGGAAGAAGUAAAGGAAGUUAAGGAAGAAGUAAAGGAAGAACCAAAGAAGGAGGAAGUAAAGGAAGAAGUAAAGAAGGAGGAAGUAAAGGAAGAAGUAAAGGAAGUUAAGGAAGAAGUAAAGAAGGAAGAAAUAAAGGAAGUUAAGGAAAUAAAGGAAGAACCAAUGAAGGAAGAAGUAAAGGAGGUAAAGGAAGAAGUAAAGGAAGAACCAAAGAAAGAGGAAAUAAAGGAAGAACCAAAGAAGGAGGAAGUAAAGGAAGAACCAAAGAAGGAAGAAGUAAAGGAAGAACCAAAGAAGGAAGAAGUAAAGGAGGAAAUAAAGGAAGUUAAGGAAGAAGUGAAGAAAGAAGAAGUAAAGGAAGUUAAGGAAGAAUUAAAGGAAGAACCAAAGAAGGAAGAAGUAAAGGAAGAAGAAGAAGUAAAGGAAGUUAAGGAAGAAUUAAAGGAAGAACCAAAGAAGGAGGAAGUAAAGGAAGAACCAAAGGAGGAGGAAGUAAAGGAAGAACCAAAGAAGGAGGAAGUAAAGGAGGAAGUAAAGAAGGAAGAAAUAAAGGAAGUUAUGGAAGAAAUAAAGGAAGAACCAAAGAAGGAGGAAGUAAAAGAAGAAAUAAAGGAGGAGGAAGUAAAGGAGGAAGUAAAGGAAGAUAUAACGAAAGUAGAAAUAACGAAAGUAACUGAAGUAGUAACGGAGAUCAAGAAGGAGGAAAAGGAAGAAGUAAAGGAAGAACCAAAGAAGGAGGAAGUAAAGGAAGAAGUAAAGGAAGAACCAAAGAAGGAGGAAGUAAAGGAAGAAGUAAAGGAAGAACCAAAGAAGGAGGAAGUAAAGGAAGAAGUAAAGAAGGAGGAAGUAAAGGAAGAAGUAAAGGAAGUUAAGGAAGAAGUAAAGGAAGAACCAAAGAAGGAGGAAGUAAAGGAAGAACCAAAGAAGGAGGAAGUAAAGGAAGAAGUAAAGAAGGAGGAAGUAAAGGAAGAAGUAAAGGAAGUUAAGGAAGAAGUAAAGGACGAACCAAAGAAAGAGGAAGUAAAGGAAGAAGUAAAGGAGGAAAUAAAGGAAGAUAUAACGAAAGUAGAAAUAACUAAAGUAACGGAAGUAGUUACGGAGAUCAAGAAGGAGGAAAAGGAAGAAGUAAAGGAAGAACCAAAGAAGGAGGAAGUAAAGGAAGAAGUAAAGAAGGAGGAAGUAAAGGAAGAAGUAAAGGAGGAAAUAAAGGAAGAUAUAACGAAAGUAGAAAUAACGAAAGUAACAGAAGUAGUAACGGAGAUCAAGAAGGAGGAAAAGGAAGAAGUAAAGGAAGAACCAAAGAAGGAGGAAGUAAAGGAAGAACCAAAGAAGGAGGAAGUAAAGGAAGAACCAAAGAAGGAAGAAGUAAAGGAGGUAAAGGAAGAAGUAAAGGAAGUUGAGGAAGAGGUGAAGAAAGAAGAGAUAAAGGAAGAAUUAAAGAAGGAAGAAGUAAAGGAAGUUAAGGAAGAAGUAAAGGAAGAACCAAAGAAGGAGGAAGUAAAGGAAGAACCAAAGAAGGAAGAAAUAAAGGAAGUUAAGGAAGAAAUAAAGGAAGUUAAGAAAGAAGUAAAGGAAGUAAAGGAAGAACCAAAGAAGGAGGAAGUAAAGGAAGUAGUAAAGAAGGAAGAAGCAAAGGAAGUUAAGGAAGAAGUAAAGGAAGUAAAGGAGGAAGUGGAGAAGGAAGAAGUAAAGGAAGAAGUUAAGAAGGAGGAACCAAAGAAGGAGGAAGUAAAGGAAGAACCAAAGAAGGAGGAAGUGAAGGAGGAAGUAAAGGAAGAAGUAAAGGAAGAACCAAAGAAGGAGGAAAUAAAGGAAGAACCAAAGAAGGAGGAAGUGAAGGAAGAAGUAAAGGAAGAAGUAAAGGAAGAACCAAAGAAGGAGGAAGUAAAGGAAGAACCAAAGGAGGAAGUAAAGGAAGAAAUAAAGAAGGAGGAAGUAAAGGAGGAAGUAAAGGAAGAAAUAAAGAAGGAGGAAGUAAAGGAGGAAGUAAAGGAAGAAAUAAAGAAGGUGGAAGUAAAGGAGGAAGUAAAGGAAGAUAUAACGAAAGUAGAAAUAUCAAAAGUAACAGAAAUAGUAACGGAGAUCAAGAAGGAGGAAAAGGAAGAAGUAAAGGAAGAACCAAAGAAGGAGGAAGUAAAGGAAGAAGUGAAGGAAGAGGAGGUCAAGGAAGAAAUCAAGGAGAAGGAAGAGGUUAAGGAAGUAAAGGAAGAAGUGAAGAAGGAGGAUGUAAAAGAAGAAGUGAAGGAAGAGCCAAAGAAGGAGGAAGUAAAGGAGGAAGAAGUGAAGGAGGAGAAGGAAGAAGUGAAGGAAGUGAAGGAGGAUCACGUGACCCUCGAGUUCAAAGAAAUCAUGGAGACAGCAAAGAAGAUGGAGGAGGUGUUGAAGGGGGAAGUUAAAGAAAUAAAGGUGACAAAAGAAGAAGUAAAGGAAGAAGUUAUAGAAAAGAAAGUAAAGGAGGAAGUAUAUGAAGAAGUAAAAGAAGUAAAAGAGGAGGUGAAGAAGGAGGAAGUAACGGAGAUCAAGGAAGAAAAGGAAGAAGUAAAGGAAGUUGAAAAAGAAAAGGAGCCAAAAGAUAUCAAGAAAGAAGAAGAAAUAAAGGAGAUCAAGAAGGAGGAAAAAGAAGAAGUAAAGGAAGAGGUUACAGAAGAAGAAAUCACAGAAGUAAAGGAGGAGAAGGUUGUUGUGGAGGAGAAACCAACUCCGAAAGACCUCAAGGAAGAAGAAAAACCCAAAGAAGAAAAAUUAGAAGAAAAAGUAACAGAAGUAAAGAAGGUGGAGGAGGUUACAGAAGAAGUCACGGAAAAGAUCGAAGUAACAGAAAAGAAAGAUGUUGAGAAAGAAGAAGAAAAGGUGAAAGAAGCCGAGAAGCCGAAAGAAGUCGAGAAAGAAGAAAAAGUAACAGUUGUCAAGGAAGAAAUCACUGUAAAGGAAGCAAAGGAGGUUGAAGAAGUAGUCGAGAAAGAAGAAAAAGUAACAGAAGUCAAGGAAGAGAUCAUUGUAAAGGAAGCAAAGGAGAUUGAAGAAGUAGUCGAGAAAGAAGAAAAAGUAACAGUUGUCAAGGAAGAAAUCACUGUAAAGGAAGCAAAGGAGGUUGAAGAAGUAGUCGAGAAAGAAGAAGAAAAGGUUAAGGACGUAGAGGAGAAGGAAGUAAAGAAAGUCGAGGAGGUGAAGGAGGUAGACGAGGUAGACGUGACAAAGAAACCCGAAAAGGAGGAACCCAAACUAGACACCAAACCACUCGACAAGACCGAGACCGAGACUAUCACCACCGAGACCGAGACGGUGACCAGACUAGGAGACGUGACUGCCGUGACGGAGGAGGUCGUGAUGGUGGGGAGGAGGAAGCAGGAAAUUACGGAGUUCACGGAAACACACAUUACCUUACUGAAGGGGGAGGGAGUAGAGGUAAGGGAGGAUGUCAGGGAGGGAGUGAAGGAAAAGGAGGUAAGGGAAGUAGAAGAAAUUGAGGAAGUUAGGGAUGUAGAGGUGAAAGACGUAGUGUAUGAGACAAAAAUAGAUGAAAAACUAACUAUUGAUGUUACAGCCAAGCCCACAGAUGAAACCGUCUCUCUGUCGCCCAAGAGUGACAUUUCCGUGAGUGCACAAAGCGACGUGAGUGGCAGAGCUGCGCCAGACGAAGAUGUCACUCUUGAAAUGGACAAGAAGAUGAAAGACUUGCCAGAGUCUACGAAGAGUGACCUCUCCCUUAGCGAGAAAAGUGACGUGAGUUCCAAGGAAGUCGCCGAGAUUAAGGAAGAGGUUACGGAGGACUUCAAGGAAACUAAGGAAGAAACACAUGUGGUGGAGGAAACAAUAACAGUGGAGGAAAGACGAAGAAGGGAGCUGUUGACCGAGACAACUGAAGUGAUUGAAAUCACUACCAAAGAGGCAAAGGGCGCCCAGCCUUCCGAAAAAGUUCCUUUAUCUCCUUUAAGUGACUUACCCGUUAGUGAUAUUAGUGAUAGAGACAAAGUAAGUGAUAAGGAAGUUUCGUUGUCCCCGAAGAGUGAAGUCUCGGAGGCAGAAAAGAGUGAUAUCAGUGAUAGGAAGCCCGAUGAAAAACCUUCGGACGCCAAAGAAACACAACCUGAGCCUACCAAGCUCCCCACGACUGUGCCGCAGGAAGCAGCGCCCGAGGCUCCUGUUUCUCCGAAAAGUGACAUUUCGGUCAGUAUUAAAAGCGACGUUUCACUAAAAGAUGUCACAAAAGACAUCGAAGCCGAAGAACCUGUGCCUGAAAAACCAGCUGAAGGUGUCCCACUAUCUCCAACAAGUGACGUAUCAGUUGAUGUUAAGAGUGACAUCAGUAUUAAAAGUGAUGCCACAGCAAAAGACAUCAAGGAAGAUGUAUUCACUACAGAGGUAAGGGACAAGCAGGAGGAAGCGCCAGUUUCUCCAGUCAGUGCUAAAAGCGAUAUCAGUGCAGCCAGUGUAACGAAAUCUGAGGACAAAGCUCCACUCUCUCCUGUGAGUGAUGUUUCCAAAAGUUCAAAAACUGAGAUCAGUACAAAGAGCGACACUGCAAAACAAGAACUUGUGGAAGAGAUUGAAAAGGAUGUUACUGAUUCUAAGGAACCAUCAGAAGCUCCAAAGUCUCCCGGAAGUGACAUUUCCGUGAGUGCUAGGAGUGACAUCAGUGCAAUAAGCGAAACCACAAAGCAGAUUACACUAAAAGAAGUCAAAGAUGAACCAACACAAGAGGAGCCGAUAUCACCCAAGAGUGACAUUUCGGUAAGUGUAAAGAGUGACGUCAGUGCAAAGAGCGAUGUCACGAAAGAAGUAGUGACGAAAGAAAUUACGGAAGAGACCCUCACCAUUGACGUGUCCAAGAAACCAGCAGAGGAGGCCCCGAUCUCACCAAAGAGUGACAUCUCGGUGAGUGCAAAGAGUGACGUCAGUGCAAAGAGCGAUGUCACGAAAGAAGUAGUGACGAAAGAAAUUACGGAAGAGACCCUCACCAUUGACGUGUCCAAGAAACCAGCAGAGGAGGCCCCGAUCUCUCCAAAGAGUGACAUAUCCGUCAGUGCCAAGAGUGAUGUCAGUGCAAAGAGCGACGUCACAAAGGAAGUAGUAACAACAGAAAUAAAGGAGGAAGUCCUCACCAUUGACGUGUCCAAGAAACCAGCAGAAGAGGCCCCGAUCUCACCAAAGAGUGACAUUUCUGUGAGUGCAAAGAGUGAUGUCAGCGCAAAGAGUGAUGUCAGCGCAAAGAGCGAUGUCACGAAAGAAGUAGUGACGAAAGAAAUUACGGAAGAAACCCUCACCAUUGACGUGUCCAAGAAACCAGCAGAAGAGGCUCCGAUCUCUCCAAAGAGUGACAUAUCCGUCAGUGCCAAGAGUGAUGUCAGUGCAAAGAGCGACGUCACAAAAGAAGUAGUAACAAAAGAAAUAAAGGAGGAAAUUCUCACCAUUGACGUGUCUAAGAAACCAGCAGAAGAGGCCCCGAUCUCACCAAAGAGUGACAUCUCGGUGAGUGCAAAGAGUGACGUCAGUGCAAAGAGCGAAGUCAGUGCAAAGAGCGAAGUCAGUGCAAAGAGCGACGUCACAAAAGAAGUAGUGACAAAAGAAAUUAAGGAAGAAAUCCUCACCAUUGACGUGUCCAAGAAACCAGCAGAAGAGGCCCCGAUCUCUCCAAAGAGCGACAUUUCAGUGAGUGCAAAGAGUGACAUCAGUGCAAAGAGUGAUGUCAGUGCAAAGAGCGAUGUCACGAAAGAAGUAGUGACGAAAGAAAUUACGGAAGAAACCCUCACCAUUGACGUGUCCAAGAAACCAGCAGAAGAGGCCCCGAUCUCUCCAAAGAGUGACAUCUCUGUGAGUGCAAAGAGUGACGUCAGUGCAAAGAGCGAAGUCAGUGCAAAGAGCGAUGUCACAAAAGAAGUAGUGACGAAAGAAAUUAAGGAAGAAAUCCUCACCAUUGACGUGUCCAAGAAACCAGCAGAAGAGGCCCCGAUCUCACCAAAGAGUGACAUCUCGGUGAGUGUCAAGAGUGAUGUCAGUGCAAAGAGCGACGUCAGUGCAAAGAGCGAUGUCACAAAAGAAGUAGUGACGAAAGAAAUUAAGGAAGAAAUCCUCACCAUUGACGUGUCCAAGAAACCAGAAGAAGAAGCCCCGAUCUCACCGAAGAGUGACAUCUCGGUGAGUGUCAAGAGUGAUGUCAGUGCAAAGAGCGACGUCAGUGCAAAGAGCGAUGUCACAAAAGAAGUAGUGACGAAAGAAAUUAAGGAAGAAAUCCUCACCAUUGACGUGUCCAAGAAACCAGAAGAAGAAGCCCCGAUCUCACCGAAGAGUGACAUCUCGGUGAGUGUCAAGAGUGAUGUCAGUGCAAAGAGCGACGUCAGUGCAAAGAGCGACGUCACAAAAGAAGUAGUGACGAAAGAAAUUAAGGAAGAAAUCCUCACCAUUGACGUCUCCAAGAAACCAGCAGAAGAGGCCCCGAUCUCACCGAAGAGUGACAUCUCGGUGAGUGUCAAGAGUGAUGUCAGUGCAAAGAGCGACGUCAGUGCAAAGAGCGAUGUCACAAAAGAAGUAGUGACGAAAGAAAUUAAGGAAGAAAUCCUCACCAUUGACGUCUCCAAGAAACCAGCAGAAGAGGCCCCGAUCUCUCCAAAGAGCGACAUCUCCGUGAGUGCAAAGAGCGAUGUCAGCGCAAAGAGCGAUGUCACGAAAGAGGUAGUGACGAAAGAUAUUACGGAAGAGACCCUCACCAUUGACGUGUCCAAGAUACCAGCUGAAGAGGCCCCGAUCUCUCCAAAGAGUGACAUCUCGGUGAGUGCAAAGAGUGACGUCAGUGCAAAGAGCGAAGUCAGUGCAAAGAGCGAAGUCAGCGCAAAGAGCGAUGUCACGAAAGAGGUAGUGACGAAAGAUAUUACGGAAGAAACCCUCACCAUUGACGUGUCUAAGAAACCAGCAGAAGAGGCCCCGAUCUCACCAAAGAGUGACAUCUCGGUGAGUGCAAAGAGUGACGUCAGUGCAAAGAGCGAAGUCAGUGCAAAGAGCGACGUCACAAAAGAAGUAGUGACAAAAGAAAUUAAGGAAGAAAUCCUCACCAUUGACGUGUCCAAGAAACCAGCAGAAGAGGCCCCGAUCUCUCCAAAGAGCGACAUUUCAGUGAGUGCAAAGAGUGACAUCAGUGCAAAGAGUGAUGUCAGUGCAAAGAGCGAUGUCACGAAAGAAGUAGUGACGAAAGAAAUUACGGAAGAAACCCUCACCAUUGACGUGUCCAAGAAACCAGCAGAAGAGGCCCCGAUCUCUCCAAAGAGUGACAUCUCUGUGAGUGCAAAGAGUGACGUCAGUGCAAAGAGCGAAGUCAGUGCAAAGAGCGAUGUCACAAAAGAAGUAGUGACGAAAGAAAUAAAGGAAGAAAUCCUCACCAUUGACGUGUCCAAGAAACCAGCAGAAGAGGCCCCGAUCUCACCAAAGAGUGACAUCUCGGUGAGUGCAAAGAGCGAUGUCAGUGCAAAGAGCGAUGUCAGUGCAAAGAGCGACGUCACAAAAGAAGUAGUGACGAAAGAAAUUAAGGAAGAAAUCCUCACCAUUGACGUGUCCAAGAAACCAGCAGACGAGGCCCCGAUCUCUCCAAAGAGCGAUAUUUCCGUUAGUGCUAAAAGUGACGUUUCUAUUAGCGCCAAGAGUGACGUCAGUGCAAAGAGUGAUGUCACAAAAGAAGUCAUAACAAAAGACAUUAAGGAGGAAGCCCUCACCAUUGACGUCUCCAAGAAACCAGCAGAAGAGGCCCCGAUCUCUCCAAAGAGCGACAUUUCUGUGAGUGCAAAGAGUGAUGUCAGUGCAAAGAGCGAUGUCAGUGCAAAGAGCGAUGUCACAAAAGAAGUAGUGACGAAGGAUAUUACGGAAGAAACCCUCACCAUUGACGUGUCCAAGAAACCAGCAGAAGAGGCCCCGAUCUCACCGAAGAGUGACAUCUCGGUGAGUGUAAAGAGUGAUGUAAGUGUAAAGAGUGACGUCAGUGCAAAGAGCGAUGUCACAAAAGAAGUAGUGACGAAAGAUAUUACGGAAGAAACCCUCACCAUUGACGUGUCCAAGAAACCAGCAGAAGAGGCCCCGAUCUCACCGAAGAGUGACAUCUCGGUGAGUGUAAAGAGUGAUGUCAGUGCAAAGAGUGACGUCAGUGCAAAGAGCGAUGUCACAAAAGAAGUAGUGACGAAAGAUAUUACGGAAGAGACCCUCACCAUUGACGUGUCCAAGAAACCAGCUGAAGAGGCCCCGAUCUCUCCAAAGAGCGACAUCUCCGUGAGUGUAAAGAGUGACGUCAGUGCAAAGAGCGAUGUCAGUGCAAAGAGCGAUGUCACAAAAGAAGUAGUGACGAAAGAUAUUACGGAAGAGACCCUCACCAUUGACGUGUCCAAGAAACCAGCUGAAGAGGCCCCGAUCUCUCCAAAGAGCGACAUCUCCGUGAGUGUAAAGAGUGACGUCAGUGCAAAGAGCGAUGUCACGAAAGAAGUAGUGACGAAGGAAAUCAAGGAAGAGACCCUCACCAUUGACGUGUCCAAGAAACCAGCAGAAGAAGCCCCGAUCUCACCGAAGAGUGACAUCUCGGUGAGUGCAAAGAGUGAUGUCAGUGCCAAGAGUGACAUAGCUAAAGAAGAACAGGUCACGAAGGAAGUUAAGGAGGAUGUACUUACAGUUGACGUAUCAAAGAAACCAGUAGACGAAACACUUAUUUCUCCCAAGAGCGACGUAUCUGUUAGCGCAAAGAGUGACGUCAGUGCUAGGAGCGACAUCGUUACAGAAGAACAGGUAACAAAAGAGAUCAAAGAAGAAAUCUUAACACUUGAUACAUCAAAAGAACCGACAGAAGAAGCACCAAUCUCUCCAAAGAGUGAUGUCUCUGUUAGUGCUAAGAGUGACGUUAGUGCAAGAAGUGACAUCACUAAAGACGAGAAGGCGACAGAUAAGAAAGAGGAUAUUCUACCUGUCGAUGUUUCAAAGAAACCGACAGAAGAAGCACCACUCUCUCCAAAGAGUGACAUAUCUGUUAGUGCCAAGAGUGACAUCAGUGCCAAGAGUGAUGUCAGUGCAAAGAGUGAUGUCACAAAAGAAUUGGUCAAAGAGGAGAUAAAGGAGGAAAUUUUAACGCUUGACGUGUCCAAGAAACCAGCAGAAGAGGCCCCGAUCUCUCCAAAGAGCGACAUCUCCGUGAGUGCAAAGAGCGAUGUCAGCGCAAAGAGCGAUGUCAGUGCCAAGAGCGAUGUCAUAAAAGAAGUAGUGGCAAAGGAAAUUAAGGAAGAAAUUCUCACCAUUGACGUCUCCAAGAAACCAGCAGAAGAGGCUCCGAUCUCUCCAAAGAGCGACAUCUCCGUGAGUGCAAAGAGCGAUGUCAGCGCAAAGAGCGAUGUCAGUGCAAAGAGCGAUGUCACAAAAAAGGAAGAAAUUCUCACCAUUGAUUCGUCCAAGAAAAACCAGCAGAGGGUGAUCUCUCCAAAGAGCGACAUCUCCGUGAGUGCAAAGAGCGAUGUCAGCGCAAAGAGCGAUGUCAGUGCAAAGAGCGAUGUCACAAAAGAAGUAGUGACAAAAGAAAUUAAGGAAGAAACUCUCACCAUUGACGUCUCCAAGAAACCAGCAGAAGAGGCCCCGAUCUCUCCAAAGAGCGACAUCUCCGUGAGUGCAAAGAGCGAUGUCAGCGCAAAGAGCGAUGUCAGUGCCAAGAGCGAUGUCACAAAAGAAGUAGUGACAAAAGAAAUUAAGGAAGAAACUCUCACCAUUGACGUCUCCAAGAAACCAGCCGAAGAGGCCCCGAUCUCUCCAAAGAGCGACAUUUCCGUGAGUGCAAAGAGCGAUGUCAGCGCAAAGAGCGAUGUCAGUGCAAAGAGCGAUGUCAGCGCAAAGAGCGAUGUCACAAAAGAAGUAGUGACAAAAGAAAUUAAGGAAGAAACUCUCACCAUUGACGUCUCCAAGAAACCAGCAGAAGAGGCCCCGAUCUCUCCAAAGAGCGACAUCUCUGUGAGUGUAAAGAGUGAUGUCAGCGCAAAGAGCGAUGUCAGUGCAAAGAGCGAUGUCACAAAAGAAGUAGUGACGAAAGAAAUAAAGGAAGAAACCCUCACCAUUGACGUGUCCAAGAAACCAGCAGAAGAGGCCCCGAUCUCACCAAAGAGUGACAUCUCCGUGAGCGCCAAGAGCGAUGUCAGUGCAAAGAGUGACGUCAGUGCAAAGAGUGACGUCAGUGCAAAGGAAGACAUCGUUGUAAAGACAGCCAUCACUAAAGAGGAACUGGUCACAAAGGAAGUGAAAGAGGAAUUACUAACCAUUGAUGUGUCAAAGAAAUCGACAGAGGAACCACCAGUGUCUCCAAAAAGUGACAUUUCCAUAAGCGCCAAGAGUGACGUCAGUGCUAAGAGUGAAGUCAGCGCUAAGAGCGACGUCAGCGCUAAGAGUGAAGUCAGCGCUAAGAGUGACGUCAGCGCUAAGAGCGACGUCAGCGCUAAGAGUGACAUUACUAAAGAGACGAAAGAGGAAGUCUUAUCUGUCGAUACAUCUAAGAAACCGAAGGACGAAAAACUUGUAUCUCCAAAAAGUGACGUCUCCGUUAGCGCUAAGAGUGAUGUCAGCGCAAAGAGCGUUACUGAGGAAAAAACUGAAGACGAAAGAUUAAGUGAAGCAGAGUCCAAACAAUCAGAUGUUAUUGUCUCACCAAGAAGUGAACUCGGCGAAGAAGGUGAAGCAAAGGAGUCCUUCGGCGUCACUACUCCAGCGAGCUUCUCUGUAACCAUGAGGAGCCACGUGGUGGAGACAGUAAUGCUAAAGCCACUCACAAUCGAUGUCACCUCCAAACCAGAAGAACCCAUUUCGCCCAAGGGUGAUAUUUCAAGUGCAGAAGUUAGUUCAAAGGAAGUUUCUGAGGGAAUUUUGAAAAUUGACACAUCGAGGCCAUCAGAGGUCCCUGUUUCCCCAAAGAGUGAUGUUUCAGUGAGCGGCAGGAGUGAUAUAAGCACGAGAAGUGAAUUAAGCUCACAUGAGAUUAGGGAUGAAAUUGCGACUACUGAAAUUGCGAAAAAGAUAUCAGAAGUUACAAUUUCUACCAGCAUCGAGACAGUAUCAAAGGAUGUUAAAGAGGACAAGACUACACCUGACGUCACGACGAAAGACAAAGAAGCACCUCUGGAAUCUUCACCUAGUGAGGCUUCCGUGAGUAUUAAGUCAGACUUAAGUUCUAAAGAAAAAUCGGAGAAAUCUACAGAAAAAACGCCUACGUCACCUAAAAGCGACGUCUCUACAAGCAUAAAAAGUGAAGUCAGCCUCAAAGAUGACGUAACGAAAACUAAGACCGAGCCAAAAGUUUCUCCGCCAGCCAUCGAAAGCAAGGCCGAAGCAGUUAGCCCAAAGGUUGACAUUACCAAGGCCCCCGCAGAGGAGUCACGGCCGUACCUGGAAGGUGGAGUGGUGGAAGAGCCUGUGUAUGGCGUUCUGAAGGCAGAACGUGCCGAAAUAGUGACCGUCUCCCCAGACACCACUCCAGGUUCUCCACCUCCUACACUCCGGGAAAUUGGAAUGGCAGGCAUUGCGCUGGUGUCUCUGGAGACAUCAGAACACAUGGAAGAAAAGGAUAUCAUGACUACGUCUGUUUACGAAGAAACUACCACGGUGUUCAAGUCCACGGCCAGCGACCGCAGCACAGCUGACGUGAUGACAACGUCCAUGCAUCCUGAUUUUGAUGCCAUGACCACCUCAAUUUAUGAGCCAAGUCAUGAUAUUAUGACUUCGUCCAUGUACGGAGAUGACUUUGGGCUGCAAGAGUCACCCGCUGAUGCCUUAACUAGGGUUAAGAAAACAGAGGAUAUAAUGUCAACCUCCAUGUACGGUACUCUUGAUGAGAGCGUGUUGGAGGAUAGCCAAGAGAAGGUCACUGACGACUUAACCUCCCCGCGUAGUGUUACAUUCGGAAAGACGCAAGAAGUGGAAGAUGUAAAGGAGGUGUCACCAAGAACAGCUGAAGACGACGGUGAUAAAUACCAGCUAGUGUCUCCGAGGAGCGAUCUCUCAUCUGAUGUGUAUCAAAUGCCGUCCAUCUCCCCCCGCAGCGACGGGUACGAGGCAGAGCUAAGCGGCCAGUACGAGGAGAGGGACGACCAAGCUCCUUCGUCACCUCGUUCAGAUAUCUCAUCGAUAUCCGACGUGAUGAGGAGGGAGCAGAGGAAGCAAUUUGACACAGAAACGAAAUCAAUUGACACCACCAUCACGACCACUACUUUUGUUCAACGUGAGGUAGUGGACAGCGGGCGAUCCAUGUCUCCCAAGAGCGACACCACAAUCAGUGAUGUCGUUGCAAAGGAUGGCUUGGAUUCUCUGGAAUCCUUCAGACUACAACCUGUGUUGGGAGGUGAUAAAGAACCUGAUGAGGGAAAACCUGUCUCUCCACGUAGUGACAUUUCCGGCAAGGAUUCGGCCUUUGAAGACAGGGAUAAAAUGUCCAGUCUAGAGAGUCACACAAUGUCAUCUCUUCCAACAGACACCAAAGUUUCUGUGACUAUGACUGUUGCUGAGAAAGAGAAGGAACAAAUUCCAUCGAAAGACCUGGAAAGCACAAAGAGCGAAAGUACUACUGUAUCCUCAGUAGUGACAACAAGUAUAGUUAGCAGCACUAUUGAUAGCACAAAAGCACUUAUAGAAGAAACAAGAGAGCUACUAAGAAGCACAAAGGCGUCAGAAACCAAAGAAGAAAGUAUUACUCAAGAAACCAAGACUGAACCCUCACCAGAAGAUGACAGCUCCGCUAGCUACAAGCAGGAGCCUGCUACUCCUUCGUUGACUCAGGAAGCCAUUAUGGUAUCUCCAAAAAGCGACAUUUCUGUAAGCUCAAAGAGCGACGUUACUUCAAUGGACGCCAAGGACCUUCCUAAAGAUCCUUCACUCAGGGACAGUGAGUCUAAGCCGCCGACCAUCUCACCGGGCAGCGAUGCUUCGGAAGAAAUCUUUAAAGAUGAGGUUGUUAUUAAGUCAGCGGCAGAGGUCACUGAUGUUAAAGGUGUCGUGCAAGACAUCACAACAGCCUUCGAAGAAACUGUUACCAAAACUUUAUUCAUGGACUUCAAGGAACCUGCUUCUCCUCCUCCUUCACCGGAAAAGUCAAUUGGGAAAGGUGACACCUCGAUCUCUUCUACUGCUUCCUCCCUCCAAGAGAGUGAGCCCCUGUCAUCCGUGCAGGUGAAACCAGAGACAUCAAAGACUGCUGAAGUUUUGGACGGAAUAGCAUCACUCGUCUCAUCUUUAUCAACUGUCACCACAACAAAAACCACAACCGCCAUAACAGCUGCGGAGACCCCUACCCCAACAACAAAACCCUCAGACCUUUCCCAACCUGACGUUACCGAGAGUGAAAAAGAACCUUCAUCCUCCACGACCUCCUCCCUUCUCUCUGGCGAUGAGGGUGCAGCGACAGAACCUAAGGAGCACCCUUCAGCCGAGGCCAUCAAAAGGCCGUCUAGUGAGGUUACUGAAAUUACUACGAGUAAGACACAAACCGAGCAAGUGUCCACCGCAGAGUACAAGUCCAUCACUGCCAUUACUGAUAAGUCUGUUUCUUCAACAGAAACCACUGCCACUUAUGAGUCCACAAAGGAGUCACAAAUAGAAACCACUGACGAAGCAAAACCAGACAUUAAAGACGAAGUAACAGAAAAAGUUCAGACAGAAAAGCCGAAAGAAAAACCUGCAGAAGAAAAGCCUACAGAAAAGGAAAUAUCAGAGGAGACAAGUAAACCAAUUGAGAAAGAGAAGCCAACAGAGAAGGAAAGGCUGACGGAAGAGGAAGAUAGAGAAAAAGCUCCAGGGAAAGAAGAGCCUGAAAAAGAAAGCAAGGCAGCAGUAUUGGAGGCUAAGAAAUAUGACAUGAGGGAAGUCACUGGAGAGUCGGAUGAAACAGAAACAGUCACUAAAACUAUCGUAACGAAAACAACCGAAGGCAAGCCUCAGGAGAUUAUAGAGACCGUUGAAGAGCCAUCAGCCACAAAGACUGUAACACGCACCAUUAUCAGGAGAACAAUUGUUAAUGGAGUUCCAGUAGAAACUGUAGAAACCUUAGAAGGGGAACCAGAAGAAGGGGAAGGAUUAGAUAAGGAUUCCACGUCUGAAACUGUGACAACAACUGUUACGAAGACCACAUUAGUCGACGGCAAGCCAGUUGAAACAACGGAAGAAAGAAAGGAGCCAAAAGAAGUAGGGGAAGUAACAACUACUCAAACUGUAACGAGAACAAUAAUCAGAAGAACUAUUAUCGACGGUGUCCCCGUGGAGACGGAAGAAACUAUUGAAGGAGAACCCGAUGAUACUGAGGAGAGUCCUGAUGAUCAGUCUCCCCCGGGAACUAUAACAAGAACCAUCACUAGAAGAAGAACCAUUGUGGACGGUGAAAUCAAGGAGACAAUCGAAACAUUGCAGGAGCCGUCCACUGACACCGUAACAAGGACCGUUAUAAAGAGAACCAUGGUUGACGGCGAGCCGAAGGAUACAAUCGACACUAUUGAAAAAUUAUCAAAGAGUGAAACAGACGAGUCUGAUCAAGAACAAGAAGACGGCAAAACAGUGGCCACGGCAGUCGUAAAAACAGUUCUGAUCGAAGGAGAGCCAACAGAGGUUACCGAGAAAGUAGGUGAGCCAUCAACAACUGAAACUGUAACAAGAACAAUAAUUAGAAGAGUCAUAGUUGACGGAAAACCAAUAGAAACCGUAGAGACUAUUGAGGGAGAGCCUGGAGAAACGGAAAAGCCAACUCCAGAGUCUGCCACCACAACAACAGUUACUAGGAAAGUGAUCAGGAGAACCAUUGUAGAUGGAAAGCCUGUGGAAACCGUAGAGUCUGUUGAGGGAGAACCUGAAGAAACGGAAGAAGCCACUCGAGAGUCUUUCACCACCGCAACAGUUACUAGGAAAGUGAUCAGGAGAACCAUUGUAGAUGGAAAGCCUGUGGAAACCGUAGAGACUGUUGAGGGAGAACCUGAAGAAACGGAAGAAACCACUUCAGAGCCUUUCACCACCGCAACUGUUACUAGGAAAGUGAUCAGGAGAACCAUUGUAGAUGGAAAGCCUGUGGAAACCGUAGAGACUGUUGAGGGAGAACCCGAAGGAUUGGAAAAAACCACUCCAGAGCCUUCCACCACAACAACAGUUACUAGGAAAGUGAUCAGGAGAACCAUUGUAGAUGGAAAGCCUGUGGAAACCGAAGAAACUAUUGAGGGAGAACCUGAAGAAACCACUCCAGAGCCUUCCACCACAACAACAGUUACUAGGAAAGUGAUCAGGAGAACCAUUGUAGAUGGAAAGCCUGUGGAAACCGUAGAGACUGUUGAGGGAGAACCUGAAGAAACGGAAGAAGCCACUCGAGAGUCUUUCACCACCGCAACAGUUACUAGGAAAGUGAUCAGGAGAACCAUUGUAGAUGGAAAGCCUGUGGAAACCGAAGAAACAGUUGAGGGAGAACCUGAAGAAACGGAAGAAACCACUCGAGAGUCCUUCACCACCGCAACAGUUACUAGGAAAGUGAUCAGGAGAACCAUUGUAGAUGGAGAGCCUGUGGAAACCGUAGAGACUGUUGAAGGAGAACCUGAAGGAUUGGAAAAAACCACUCCAGAGCCUUCCACCACAACAACUGUUACUAGGAAAGUGAUCAGGAGAACCAUUGUAGAUGGAAAGCCUGUGGAAACCGAAGAAACAGUUGAGGGAGAACCUGAAGGAACGGAAGAAACCACUCCAGAGCCUUCCACCACCGCAACUGUUACUAGGAAAGUGAUCAAGAGAACCAUUGUAGAUGGAAAACCUGUGGAAACCGAAGAAAUUAUUGAGGGAGAACCUGAAGAAACCACUCCAGAGUCUGCCACCACAACAACAGUUACUAGGAAAGUGAUCAGGAGAACCAUUGUAGAUGGAAAGCCUGUGGAAACCGUAGAGACUGUUGAGGGAGAACCCGAAGGAUUGGAAAAAACCACUCCAGAGCCUUCCACCACAACAACAGUUACUAGGAAAGUGAUCAGGAGAACCAUUGUAGAUGGAAAGCCUGUGGAAACCGAAGAAACUAUUGAGGGAGAACCUGAAGAAACCACUCCAGAGCCUUCCACCACAACAACAGUUACUAGGAAAGUGAUCAGGAGAAUCAUAGUGGAUGGAAAACCUGUGGAAACCGUAGAGACUGUUGAGGGAGAACCUGAAGGGACGGAAGAAACCACUUCAGAGUCUUCCACCACAACAACAGUUACUAGGAAAGUGAUCAGGACAACUAUGGUGGAUGGAAAACCCGUGGAAACCGUAGAGACUGUUGAGGGAGAACCUGAAGAAGCAAUAAAAGAAACAGAGGAUGACAAAUCUCAAGAAAAGUCGAAAGAAAUAGUAGUUGAAGGAGAACGAGAUGACGUGACCACAACUAAAACGGUAACAAGAACUAUUAUAAGGAGGAUAAUAGUUGAUGGUGUUCCGGUUGAAACUGUGCAAACCAUUGAGGGAGAACCAGAAGAAAGCGAAGAGCCAACCGAAGCACCAACCUCUGAUACGGCAACAAAGACAACUAAGACGCCUCUCUUUGAUGAACCUCAAAAGAUUACGGAGGCUGUCUCUGAACCUUCCUCUUCGGGGACUGUAACAACAACUAUCACAAAAAGAACGAUUGUUGAUGGCAAGCCAGUAGAGUCUGUCGAAACUGUUGUAGGCAAACCUGAUGAGGCGGAAGACACUACCGAGACGUCAACUACAACGGUCACCAGAACAAUAGUAAAGAGGACUUUAAUAGAUGGUAAGCCAGUUGAAACUGUAGAAACCGUAGAAGGAAAACCUGAAGAAAAAGAAGAACCAUCUGUUACUACGACUGUGACUAGGAAAGUAAUCAGAAGGACUAUUGUGGAUGGUGUCCCGGUGGAGACGGUGGAAACCAUGGAAGGUGAGCCAGGAUCUGAGCCUGAUGAAGAGGAGUCUACAACCAGCACAGUGACUACAACCACAGUCAAGAGAACUACUGUAGAAGGAGAGGCUAAAGACACGAUUAUAACUUCCAGACCUGAGACUGUUGAAGCAACUACAACCAUCAAGAAAACUACAACUGAGAAGCCAGGUGAUGAAACAGCUGCAAAAACUGAAACAACAACUGUUACUGAGGAAGAACCAGUGACGCAAAGGACUGUCACUAGAACCGUUAUCAGGAGAACAAUAAUUGACGGUGUUCCUGUGGAAACGAUAGAAACCGUAGAAGGCGAGCCAGACGAGUACGAUGAAACCUUUGAGGAACCUUUCUACACAGGAACGGUGACUGUAACAAGGAAAACCAUAACAGGGGACAGUGAAACCGAAGAAGUUGUUGAGUCAUCUGAGGAGCCGUUCACAUCGACCAUCGAGAAGUCACGCCUUGACAGUAGCAGCAGCGAGCCCCCCGACAUUGAGAGUGUCCCUCGACUGACGAUCACAAGAUCCAGCAUCGAAGGUGGAGUCAAAAUACCAUUGUAUGAACCAGAAACAACAUAUAAAUCCGUCAAGAAAACAGUCAUUAGCAGCGAGCAACAAAAGGAAACAGUUGAAACAAGUGACGAGAAACUUGUUCAUACCACUGUGAUAAAAGACGUUAAAAGAGACGCAGCAGAGAAAGUGUCUGAACUGAAAGAGAUCAAGGAGCACGUUUCUGAAGGCGACACCAUGAGGACUACCACCACCGUGAAGCGCAGCUUGGUGAGUGAGGCCGAAAAGACAGAACUCAAAGCAUCGGAUGUAUCCACGACUACAAAGACUGCGUCGCACGAGGCGGAUAUAGUAGUAACUAGCAAGCAUGCCUUCAGUGAGGUCUCCCGAUCAGCUGAAACUUUCCAGGAAGAUGUCAGAGGCUCAAGGGAAUCCAUAUCGGCGGCUGAAGAGUCUGUACAUGAACGUGUGAGCGCCGUGAGGAAAUCGUCGACAAGCAGCACAGAAGGAACGCCUGGAAGCCCCAGGACAGGCCGUGUGGUGGUGAGGAAAGUUACCACAGUUAUCACCAAGUACUAUGACGACGGCGAGGAGGUGGAAAUGGAAGAACUCCCGGGUGAAGAAGUGGUCGAGGUGCUUGGUGAUCAACAGGUCUCCGAGGAUAUUUUACGCAAGAUAGGCUCUGCCACACAGUCUCCAAUCACAGGGAGGAAAUAUUCGUCCCAAGCAGUCGCUGGAGCACCCAAAGGCUUUACAACCUGGACGAGCGAAGAGUCACUGAGCGGGGACCCGACGGUGAUCACUCGCACCACGCGCACCACCAUCAGCGACAGCGACACAGAUGCCUCUGAGGGCGUGGUCACCAGCACGGUCACCAGUGUCACGAGGCGGCUCAUGAGCGAUGACGCCUCCGACAAGGAAGAACGUCCAAAGUCAGCAAGCAGUGAUGCCAGCGGGUACGAUCCAUUCCCCACGCCUCAGAAGGGCAAGUCGGAAGGGAAAGAGCCUCAAGCGUCUGCCAGCGAACCCUCGACAUUCGCCCACUACGGAGCCACCGGUGUCCAGUACCAGGAAGAGUACGAUGAUGAGCCUGUUUACGAGUUCCGUCCACCUCCAGGAGGCCCACUUGAACAGUUUAUGUACACACAACACGGAGAUUUCGACAACGGGAACUUGCCGUCACGUGCAAGAGUUCCUUCAGUUACUGAAGCCGAGGACAAAAUCAACAUGAACCAAGCAUGGACAACCUCCUCUGUAAUGACCUCUGUACUGCGGCAAGAAGUGGCCUCGACGACGAGUACGUCGGCAACCACGUCCGUAGCUACGACUUCUUCCACUGCAACGUCCACCACCUCAUCCGCAUCAAAGGAAGCUAAGGAAACGCUACAAAAGUGGGGCAAGCCUCUUGGCCUGCCGUCACCUGUGCCUUUGCCUACGCCUCACCCUCCCUCCGACAGUCCUAAACCGCAGAGUCCUCAGAAGGAAAGAAAAACGAGAAGGAUCAAGCGAUCGGGGCCCCCCGUUUACCUGGACUUGGCGUACGUGCCUCAUGCCGCCAACCCUAACUAUUGCAAUGGGGAGUUCUUCAGGAGAGUGCGGGCCCGGUACUACGUCUUCUCCGGCAUCGACCCAGGGCGAGAGGUGUUGGACGCCUUGCUAGAGGCCAAGAUGGAGUGGGAAGAUAAAGAAAUGGAAGUAACGAUCAUUCCCACCUACGACACUGACGCCCUUGGCUACUGGGUCGCUGCCAACGAAGACGCGCUCAUUGCCAACAAGAUCGACCUCGCCCCGUCUGCCUCCCGCUGCACUAUUAACCUGCAAGACCACGAGACCAGCUGCAACGCUUAUCGCCUCGAGUUCUAAACGCCUUCAUUUUCCAAACUUCAACACAGCUAUCGCCGCCCAACUUAACGUACUUACCAGUAGUACCAUACCUUUCAAAACCCACGAAAAAUAACCCUUACUAUCCCAAAACUCGCCAGAACUACACAAUAGAGCCAUCUCCGGGGACACCUCACAGGUUGUCCCUCUUCCCUGCUGCCUUCCAUGACAACUUAGAGCUCCGAACAUGCCGUCUUUGUUCUCACUUUUACGGUAGUUGCUCCUAGACCUCCAGCGAGCCACUCUACUGCCCCUGUGCGCUCCUGAAGGGGUUUAAGUAUUUUGCUGUAGAUUCUUCCCUUCCAUCAUGUAGCCACUUCAUAACGGAAGGAAGAACACUGCUAGACUGAUGGUGGAUUGUUGUAUUAACCUCGAAAUGGACAGAACACGAUGAUGGGGAUAACUAAGAUGAUGAAAACAGAAGAUAACAUUUUUAGCUGUUAUUACCGAGAGCUGUGUCACUGUCAGUAGUUAAACGUACGGUAGAAUUAACUUAGAUCGACUUAUUUGUCAAACUAUACUGUGUGUGUGCGAGUGUGUGCAGUACUCCUGGGGAACAGUCGGCCUUGUGGCACAGUUGGGUGAGGCCACUUCUUCCCCCCCCCUCCACAUAUGACGCUUGACGCAGCCCACAUGACUGUCCUACGACGCGACGCACAGACUUUCCUCCCGAGCUGAACCGAACGCACUCACCUUCGACAAGGAGAAGCAAUACAUGAACUCUUCGAUACGUCCUUGACUACAAUGGGUCUCGAGAUUACGUACUUCGUCAGCCACUUCGUCAGUGAUAAGUAUUGAUCACCCCUGUGGGGACUUGAGCAAUGGCUGACUUAAUGAAUUAAGUGAAAUAAUAGAAAAGUAUGGGGUAUUUGCUCAUUUUGUAAAAUAGAAAGCACUAUGAAGCCAAGAGUGGCAGUUAUCUGAUAUAUAGAUGAUAAGACAUAUUUAUUGGAGAGAAAGAGAGAGCGAGAGAGCGAGAGCGAGAGCGAAAGAACAUUUAGGAAAUUCUUUGUUAUCUGUAUACUAGUAGUUUAUAUAUUUCGCUGAGCAGAGAUCGGGAAAUAUUUUUAUCGGGUGAGACUGAGUCGCAGACCUUCAAUUAUAAUCUUCCACGAGAGAGAGAGAGAGAGAGAGAGAGAGAGAGAGAGAGAGAGAGAGAGAGAGAGAGAGAGAGAGAGAGAGAGAGAGAGAGAGAGAGAGAGAGCGACGCAUCAGGAGCGUGAGUGAGUGAGUGAGGGCGUCUAGUGAGUGAGUGAGUGACCCUCCUGCACCACCACCACCGCCACCACCAUACCCGUAACCACCACACCAUAGUUCUAAAUAAUUAUUUAUAUCAUGAUGAUAAACAUGACCCCGCUGUGAUGGUAGUGACACACCGAGCUUGCUUUCCUCUGUCGGUCGUGAGCUCAGAGACUGUUCUUGUGUCGGCCUUGGAAGCUUACUGACUGUACGGCUGUGUGCACAUUGUUUGCGUGCUCGUGUGUGUGUGUGUGUGUGUGUGUGUGUGUGUGUGUGUGUGCGCUCGUCAGUACUGUUUUUCUUCAGUAGUACCUCCUCCUCCGCUUCGUCCCUCAUCUCCCGCCUUUACUGUCGCGUUCUGACGCCGGCCGUUCCUUCCACUCCACCGGAGGGGCUGAGUGGCGGUGAGAGGCCAUCGUGGCCCCGCGGGAGAGCCACGCUGAACGCUCCUUCCCGGAGACACACUGGUGCUUGUAGUGGGUCCCGCGGCGCCUAAAGAACCAUGCAUAGGCCGCGACGAGGCGGAGACGACCAUGGGGGUGGUCCCUUUGCCCAGGUCUGUGCAUGGGGCUUGCCGCGGGUUGAUGGAAAUUGAUCGAAAAAAUAGGGACGAUGGACGUUCACAGCUCCCGCGGGGGCCUCCUAAACCUCCGGGAGACACUAUCAGCGGCACAUGAGACGAUAUUUAUAAAUACACAUACAUAUAUUUUGUUGUUUAGUGAAUCUCACUAUCUGACCUGUUAGUUGAGGUCAACUGCCAGUAGAGCGAAAGAAUGAGUGAAUGAAAGAAAAUAUAAUGCUAGGCAGGGAGUGGUACCCUAGAAUACUACAUGAUAAUAGCUAGCGGGAAGUAUUCGCCGUGCCCGGACCCAACAAGACCUCACCCUCCGCUCGCCACCUGGUCGUGUCUCUUGCAGUUAGAGGAGUCAUUCCCCUGUCCUGCCCACCGACCUAGGGAGGCCAUGGCAGACGGAAAGGAGUGGAAGAAAACGGACAUUGCUGACGGUGACGACAAGCAUGGCGCCUCCCUUCGCAACGCCGCAGAGGAUCGUAACACUCCAGAAACUCAUGACUAGGUGUCGCUCCCUGGCGGUCGUCUGCGUCCCUGGGGUGAUCCACGUGCGCCGAAGAGAACCUAUACCAUCAUUAACACACCCCGGGGGCUUGGUCCGCCGCGGGGGGGCGGCGUCGCCUCGACCCUCGACCCUCUGCCUGGUGUGUGGGCGGCAGGAGGGAGGGGAAUGACGCCGCCACAGCACCGCCGCCGCCCCGCCACCCUCCCAAAAACAUAAAAAAAAGUUUCAGGUGUUAUUAUAUGUGAUCUGAUCGCUUUAGGUGCUUCUUAUCGGCAAUCGAAUGGCCUUCUUGCCCCUGAGCUUAGGGUGGACUGGAGAGCUGACGCUAGAGCCUCUUGGCAAUAAUUUAACAAGGGCGCUUCAAUGAAAGAAAAAAAAAAGUAUUUAAAGUUGAUAAAGGAUAAAUAAAUUAAAUAACUGCUUUUUCCCAAUGUCACAGAAUAGGGAGCCAAGAAAGACUUUAGGACUGCAGUACUACGAUAAUCUAUUCUUCAAACUGUUAACCCAAUAUUAAGUCACAAGGAGCGAUUGUAUUAUUUUUCAUUGUACACGUUUCUGUGUUAUCUCAGUGUGAGUGUGCUGCAUUUGGUUCGUGGUCUGACUGAGAGAGAAAAAGACGACGUUGCAAUUCUCAUUUGAUUAUUAUUAUUAGUAUUAUUGCCAUUUUUAUUGUUCAUAUUAUGAUUAUUAAUAUUACUAUUAUUAUUGUCAUUACUGUAAUCAUCAUCAUUAUUAGCAUCAUUAUUAUUGCCAUUAUUAUUAUCACUAAGACCAUCCUAGGCUGUUCCCAGUGCUAGGAGCUGUUUGCCUCAAAUUUAUCUGUAUUAGGAAUAAAUUCAACAUGUGAUAUGAUAAUCAUCUACGUUUAAGCUGUUACAUUGCGUGAUGUGGUGCCGCGAGAAGUGGAAACAAUAAUAUAGCAUUUGUGAUCAAUUGGAAGUAAACAAAACACUCUAUGAAGGAUUGUACGGUGCAGCGGCUUCUUAGGCGUAACUGUCAGCCAUCGUUGUUCCAGUGCGAUCGAAACUUAUGUUCACAAAAAAUCAAUUUUGGGAAAAGAACGUUCUGAAGACCCUCGAACGGCAGCAUUCCGACCAUGAUGUCUCCUUUUCGUCAAUAGCGUGUUGAGUUUCGCGUCACCGUACCAGGGCCGCCAACCUCUUCGAUUAACCCAUCGUUUCAGGGUCUUCAGAAAGAAGUUCUUGUAAUUCCUUAUUUCCAGGCAUUAUUAUAUCAUACCUAGCCUGUGCACUUUGUCGUGUGUUAAAAAGAAAAAAAAAUCCAUAAAUAUAUAUAAAUAUCUAUAUCUAUAUAUAUUGACGAUAUUGUUCGGUCACCUCGGGGGACGCUUGGCAAAGGUUGCCUCCCCGCGCGGGGAGUCCGGGGAAACGCUCUGCGAUAAUACUUCUUGUCGACACGGACGCCGUCUGCUUAAUUAACUUCUCAAGAAAAUUAUUUGCUGAAGUCCGAGGCUACAACCUGACCCUGGGUGGGAAAGGCUGUGUGUAUUAAGUCACGAGACAGCAUUCAUAACAAUCACCUGGCCCUCCCCUCGUCAUGGUAGCGGGAUUACUGACUUGGGUCACACCCUGUAAGGCGUCCGUUGUUUGUUUGUGUGCCUGUGUGUGUGUGUGUGUGUGUGUGUGUGUGUGUGUGUGUGUGUGUGUCGCAGAGCCGCUCCCUGGCCCAUGCUGGGUAUGCCCCUGGGGUGGGCCUGAAUCGCGUCGUCAGGGCUGUGUUUUGGUGGACAGGGGCGAGUGGGGCUCCUACUUCGACUGCUCCCGUGCCCUCCCCUGCCCCCUCCCUAACUAUAACGUAACCCCUCUUUGGUCUUUUUCUCUUCAGACAAGUUUCGCAUCUCUUUUUCGGCUAAGGAUUUACCUAUUGUCUCCAUUCAUCUCCAAACACAUGCUUUCGCCUCCUCCCCUCACUCCUACGUUCUCUGGUGUUCCUUGAAGGCUUCUGGGUGGCAUGUCCCAUUUCAUUAUGUCGCAGUUUUCGGAGACUCAUGUAAGCUUAUCUUUCUUUAAGCUCUUUGGAGUGUAACAUGGGAGUUUGUCUUCAACUUUCGUCAGCAAAGGCACAUCUAAACGCAGGAACGCACUUCCCUCGCUACCUAACGCUUCUUGCUGCGUAUGAGCGUCAAAUGCAUCACCAAUCAGAGCUUCAUUACAUUUGUUACGCGUUUCCCAACCACCGCGAGCAACGGCAACUUAAGGUCUCUUGAAACAUCAGGAAACUGAGGAAACAGGAAGUUAAAAAAAGUCAAAUCAUAAAAAAAAAAAUGUAGAACACCUAAGCUUCGACGGCCUCAAUAUAGCUGAUCCAUUAGAAUUCACUCGAUGCUAAAAGGCUGAUUCCAGAAUGCCCCUCGAGAUCCUUUCAGCUGUUCGGAAAGUGUAGCUCGGUGGCUUUGUUUCCUCUGUGGAGAGACAAAGAUGUAGUUUACAUCUGAACAUGUUCAUGUGAAGGGGACGAGUGGCAUUCUAGGCUUCACACACACGCCGCCGAAGCUUAGUCUGUCUUUGAGCACGGAGGCGGGCGGAGGCCAGCCCCACCGCCCUUUUAGAAACAAAAACACAGCGCCUUAUGUAGCCGCCUGCUUAACGCUUCUCGCUCCACGUCCUAUUCCCCCUCUAGUCAAACUAAAUAAAUAAAGAGAGAGUAAAAAUGAAUAAAGUCAAUUAGAAGUCUAGAGAUACAACUAUUUCUGCUGACACCUUACCAAUGUGACUUGUUUGGCUAUUUUGGCUCUUACAUACAAGUUCAUUACGGUUCAUUUUCACUACUUUUUGAAUGGGAAAAUAAACCCUAUUGAACCUUCAUUUUGGGUUCAUAAUCGCUGGCCUUGUCACUAAUAUUACGCAUAUGUAUGGGAAAUCAUGUGACAUUAAAAAGUAGAUGAAAG